CUAUAACCAAGUUGAGUGGAACAUUCUAAAACAUUAAUACCCACUUCACAGUUUUCUCUUUUUCUUCUUAAAUUCAAGUUCCAAUGGCUCUCCAAGCUGCUUCCUUGGUUCCUGCUUUCAACAUUACUAAAGAGGGAAAGUGUGGUGUAUCACUCAGGGGAACCACUCUCUUUGGUCUUUCAUUGUCUGACACUCUCAAAACUGACUUCAGCUCUUCUGCAUUGACAUGCAAAAGGGAUUUCCAACAAAAAGUUGGUGCAGUGAGGGCCCAGUCAGUGGUAACAACAACUCCAGGAGUCACAAAGGCUGCAUCAGAAGGCAAGAAAACUUUGAGGAAAGGAAGUGUUGUGAUCACUGGUGCUUCCUCUGGAUUAGGCCUGGCCACUGCUAAGGCUUUGGCUGAGACAGGAAAAUGGCAUGUGAUAAUGGCAUGCAGGGAUUUUCUUAAAGCUGAAAGAGCUGCAAAAUCUGCUGGCAUUGCUAACGAAAACUACACCAUCAUGCAUUUAGACCUUGCCUCUCUUGACAGUGUACGCCAAUUUGUUGAUAACUUCAGGCGUUCUGGCAGGCCUCUAGAUGUGCUUGUUUGCAAUGCUGCUGUUUACUUGCCAACUGCUAGAGAACCUACAUUCACUGCUGAAGGCUUUGAACUCAGUGUUGGGACAAACCAUCUAGGGCAUUUCCUCCUUUCACGACUCUUGCUUGAAGACUUGAACAAAUCUGAUUACCCAUCAAAACGGUUGAUCAUUGUUGGAUCCAUCACAGGAAACACCAACACAUUGGCUGGAAAUGUGCCUCCCAAGGCUAACCUUGGUGACAUGAGGGGACUAGCUGGAGGCUUAAAUGGGCUAAACACUUCUGCCAUGAUAGAUGGAGGAGCCUUUGAUGGCGCGAAGGCUUACAAGGACAGCAAAGUUUGCAACAUGCUCACCAUGCAAGAAUUCCACAGAAGAUACCAUGAAGAAACUGGAAUCACUAUUGCUUCCCUUUACCCUGGUUGCAUUGCCACAACAGGCUUGUUCAGAGAGCACAUUCCCUUGUUCAGACUUCUCUUCCCUCCAUUCCAAAAGUUCAUAACCAAAGGCUUUGUCUCAGAAGAAGAAUCAGGAAAAAGACUUGCACAGGUUGUAAGUGAUCCAAGCCUAACAAAAUCAGGUGUAUACUGGAGCUGGAACAAGGACUCAGCAUCAUUUGAAAACAAAUUGUCUCAGGAGGCAAGUGAUGCUGAUAAGGCGCGUAAGGUGUGGGAGAUUAGUGAGAAACUUGUCGGUUUGGCUUAAAUGGUAGCUUCCAACAUCAAAGUUGAUUCAGAAACUUUUUUCAUUGAGUUCAAUAACAUCCCAGAAGAGUUUAGACCCUUUUCAGAUGCGUUUGUUAGAUGAUGCUUUCCUAGCUGCUAACUCCUCAAUUACUUUCAAUGAGUCCUUCAACCUUGUGGCCAAGUGCACUCUAUAUGAGAAAUAACUAUGCACAUUAACUACAACCAAUGUCAUUCCCUAUUUUGGGUCAGCAUUUGGACUUUUUCUCUUCAUUUCUUUAUAAAUUUUUGUUAUGUUAAUAGUCAUCUAUGUGAACUCUAGAGUGAAUUGGCUAAUGUAUUAAUAUUUUAACCUUGAUUUGGAGAGGCUAAGUUCAAC